UUCUCAUUUCCUGUUGUUCCGCGAAUAAAAGUCAUAUUACGACCGCUUGGAGUUUAGAGGAUCUCGGUCACCGAGCGAAGAUGGAUCUAACGGACGUGUUACCGGCUAAUUUUGGCUACGUCAUCUUUGUUUAUCUGUACAGCUGGAUUAUGCUGUCGUAUCUCGGAGUGAAGGUUGGAGGCGCCAGAAAGAAAUACGGCGUCAAGUAUCCCACAAUGUACAGCGAUAAGGAGCAGGUGUUCAACUGCAUCCAGAGAGCUCAUCAGAACACUUUGGAAGUUUAUCCUCAGUGGCUCCUUUUCCAGACCAUCGCAGCUCUUAUUUACCCGUUGACAGCAUCGGUGCUGGGAGCCGUCUGGGUCACCAGCAGGUUCUCCUACGCCUGGGGCUACUACACAGGAGAUCCGGCCAAGAGGAUGUACGGCGCCUAUGGCUACAUUGGCUACCUCGGAGUUAUUUUUCUUUCCAUCGCGGUCGCUUUGCAGUUGCUUGGAGUCUUUUAGGGUGGUUUCUUCACGUUCACACCGACAUUAAAACACUGUUUAAUGAGGACUCAGCCUUUUUAUAAACCUUUUCUUGUGUAUUUAGUGAUAAUAAAGUAGAUGAUUAUUGCUUGAUUUGUUUUUUUAAUGAGCAUCAAAAUGAUUUUCUGUUGAAUUCUUUCACCGAAGCUGUGCAGCAUGAGUGAUGACCUGUUGAGUCCAAAACCACUAAUCACCUGUGUGACUCCAACAUGACAUCUGAAGCAUCAGGCUGACUGGACUGUGGACAGAAGUCCACAGGAGAUUAUUGUUCUCAUGCCCAAAAUGUGAAAUGAUUAUGGUGAUAUGCAGCAUUUUAUAGAAUCGUUUAGCUGCUACUCCAAACCUACACUAAUAAACCUCAGAGUAACCAAAGUAAAAGAGCUGUAUGUG